GGCGCUGCGUGCUCACUGUCACCGCUGCGGAGGCAAACCGAGUGCGCGAGAGCUGACGAUCAGCGACGACAACGACGACGACGACGACGACGACGACGACGACGACGACGACGACGAGUGCCGGGGGCGAUGGACUAGGGACAGUGCUAUGAGCAGCGAGGCAAGGUGCUCGGGAUGUCGCUGAGCCACCGGGGGACGACCGGCGCUGGCGGCCGCGGGGCUGGCGAGACCUCCAACGAGGAGUCGUACCUGAACAGCGGCCGGCCGUCGAAUCUGCUGAAGACCUCGUUCUCGUCCAGCAAGCUAGAGCAGCUGUACCGCUCGUCGUCCCUGCAGCAGCGCCGCGGCGGCCUGCAAUGCUUCCUGGUGACCGCGGUGUUGUACGACUUUUACAGUCUGGCGCUGCCCGACGGCGAGCUGCACACGCGAGGACUGACGACCGUGUUUCUGGGACUGAAUCUGGGCCUGCUGGCCUGGGCGGAAAGGGGAGCAAGGGCGAGGGCCGGCCUGUGGGAGCUGGUGCCGCACCUGGCCUGGCAUAUAGCCAUCCUGCAGCUUCUCGCCCAGCUGUUCCUCAAGUCCGCCGAGGUCACGCCCCGAGACAGCCUUGGCUGGCUCCUAGUGCUGCUCUAUCUGCACUUUGCCACUCUGCCCCUCAGAUUCUCGCUGUGCGCUCUGCUUGCCGUUGGCACCGCCGCGCUUUACAUGCUGUCGGUCACCUGGCUCUCCAGGGAGGAUGUACCUACCAAUCCCGAAGUGCUCAUCCUGACGGCAACGCUAUCGCUGUGCGCGGCGAUCCUCGGCGCGGCUUCGUACUCGCUGGCCGAGUUCCAGCAGCGCCGAGCCUUCCUGGAGACGAAGCAGAGCCUGGAGGUGCAGCUGGUGAUUGAAGAGCAAAGCGCCGAGCAGGAGCGUUUGCUGCUCAGCGUAUUGCCCGAGCACGUCGCGGUCAAGAUGCGCCAAGAUCUUGGCGCCUCCCUCGACACUCAGUUCAAGAAGAUCUACAUGUCUCGACACGAGAACGUGUCUAUACUCUACGCGGACAUCGUUGGCUUUACCGCGAUAUCCUCGACUUAUUCAGCUAGUGAACUCGUCAAGAUUCUCAAUGAAUUGUUCGCUAGGUUCGAUAAGCUUUCGGAAAGAUACGAGCAGCUGCGAAUAAAAAUCCUGGGUGACUGUUACUAUUGCAUUAGCGGAGCGCCACAAGAGCGUCCAGAUCACGCGGUACUUUGCAUUCGCAUGGGUCUGUCGAUGGUCAAUGCGAUCAAGUACGUCCGGGAGACAACCAAUAGUCCGGUCGACAUGCGAGUCGGCAUACAUACAGGCGCUGUGCUUGCCGGAGUUCUUGGUCAACGGCAGUGGCAGUUCGAUGUCUAUAGCAAGGACGUCGAGCUUGCUAACAAGAUGGAAAGCAGCGGGAAAGCCGGCCGAGUGCACAUCUCGAACGUGACGCUGAGCUUUCUGAACGGUGAAUUCGAGGUAGAAGAAGGUUUUGGCGAGCUGAGGGAAGAGGCAUUGGCGAAAGCUGGUAUCAAAACGUACUUCAUCAAGGAUAAGCCAUUUAGCUCUGCUGACACCGAGCCACUCGCGUCAUACGAUGACCAAGCCUACACGCAGCAGGAGAAGACCGGCAACAACAUCGAAGGCACUAAUAAAGAAGACUCCGAAGAUUUCAGGAAAAGACUUCGCGAGGAACUUGAUAGUCGAGUCGGCAGUGGAGCAGAGCUACGAGGUCACGCGUCCUGGAUAACGUUGGCGUUCAAGGAUCUACAAUUGGAGAAAGGCUUUCACAGCGCGGAGGAAGCAUUCUCGCCGUUGUCAUUGUUGGGUGGACCAUUAGUAGUACUGUGCGCAUCGCCGCUAUGGCGAUUACAACCCUGGGGUCGAUUCACUUACGGCGGCGCCGGCGUCGUCUUUCUCUUCGCCAUCGUACUCGCUGGUGCCACGUGUCUCGGCAGCGCUGUGCGUGCAAGGUGGCUUCGUCGAACUCUCGCACUACUUAUGAUCUUCUCACUUGGCACUUUUCUUUUGUUGGAUAUGGCAAACUGCGGCAUAAUCGAGACAGUGAAGCCACCGGCAAACAGCUCGGCGCCAACUUUUUCAACCCACUGUCCGUAUCCGUCUUACUACUCGUACGUUGGUGUUCUGGCUUUGGUUGCAAUCUCCAUGCCAGCCUACAUCUGUUACCUUGGCAAAGCCUUUCUUAUGUUCUUACUGGCUGGCGCACAGUGCGCCAUCAAUGUCACGUUCCUCGAGCCGACACUCGAUCGCGAAGACAUGGGAUUCUCUACGCCUGGACAAAAAAUCUUUCACCUCAAGUAUUCGCUCUCUGCUACGCUACUUACCAUCGCACUAGCACUUGUCUUCGUUGCUCGAUACACGGAAAGGUCACGUCGCAUCCUGUAUCUACGCGGCCGCGAAGUGGAGGCACAACGCGAACGUGCGGCUGACAUGGAACGACGAAACGCUGCCCUAAUCUACAACAUAUUGCCGCCACACGUUGCUGCCUACUUUCUCUCCAAUACACGCCACCAUGAUGACCUUUACAGUCAAAGUUAUGCCGAAGUGGGUGUCCUGUUCGCCAGUAUGCCCAACUUCGCCGACUUUUACAGCGAGGAAAGUAUCAACAACCAGGGACUCGAGUGCCUCAGGUUCCUUAACGAGGUCAUCUCCGACUUUGAUGCCAUCCUCGAUCAAGAAAAGUACAAGGACAUCAUAAAGAUCAAGACAAUUGGCUCAACAUAUAUGGCCGCUUCAGGGAUAACCGACUCGUCGGAAAACAAGAAUGAACCACAGUGGCAGCACCUGUCGCGACUCACUGAGUUCGCGAUCGACAUGAAGAAAGCCCUUUCUCAUAUAAAUGAACAGAGCUUCAACCACUUUGUGCUGAAAAUGGGCGUAAACCACGGCCCUGUUACCGCCGGCGUUAUCGGCGCUAGAAAACCUCAUUACGACAUCUGGGGCAACACCGUCAAUGUCGCAUCCAGGAUGGAGAGUACUGGCAAAGUUGGCUUCUUGCAAGUCACUAACGAAACGCGGCAAAUUUUGGAACCAUUUGGCUAUGGUUUCGAGCAACGUGGUAUGGUCUCUGUAAAGGGCAAAGGAGAGUUACUGACGUAUUACUUGAUGACAAAAGAUGGCGUACCUCUUCGCCUGGACAGUGAUUUGCCCAUCGAACCAACACACCCAAUCAUCUACCAGUAAAGGAAUACAUCCAAGCGAUAAUAAUGGAAACACAAAAAUUGCUCUUCGAUCACAAGCUGGUCGGGAAGGAAGUGACGAUCGCCGGUCACGGGCGAAUCAAGCCACAAAAACAUAACGCACAUGGCUAAUGCACAGAAGAAAUACACGCGUUAUUGCGUGGAGUAUAAGAUGAUGUCGUUACACUGGUGUCAGAGAAAUAACGAAUUCCGUAUCUGUGUGUACUGAAGUAUAUGAACAAAAAAUAGGAAAGAAAAAUCAGAAGAAAAGAUAUAACGAUGAUAAUCAGGUUAAAUAAUGCUCUGUCUUUCCUAACGGUAGCAAAAACUCUACGACUAUCAUAAUAGAUGUGGAUCGCGAUCUUCGAGAUCUUUCCCAUCAUUGCAUGCUACUUCGAUUCGUCGUCUUUGUAGCCAAAGAGAAAGCAGAAAAUGUUGAGAAAAAUAGUACGAUGACGGAGAAUGAAUUCAAACUUGAGAUCGUCUUUAAACAGUUAUCUGCAUGUCUGUACAUACUUCGUAAACUGUAAAUGGACAUUAAUAAAUUGAAAAGCACUAAGCCGAUAAAUAUAUAUAUCGUACUAUUUAGAACGGUAUUAUUGAUGAUGUUGUUUAGGCUGCGGAAUAUGGACUUAUCUUAUGAUAUUUGGAUGUUAUGAUUUCUUUUUUUAAAUGUUGCACUUCAAACUUAAGUAAUUAUUAUUUACUUAUAAUUCAUGAAAUCAUUCGGCAAUUGAUUGAAUUCUUACAGAUCUGCAUUGAAGCUCUGACAGACGUUUAAUAACAACUUUGCCAACUCUAUCUAUUUAAUGUCUUUCGAAUUUUGUGAAAUGUACAUGAUUUGAUCACGUGUAAGAAGAAACUCCAAUUAUUUUUUAAGCUGUAAUAAGCCUCGUAAAUAACGCGAACAAUAUUUAGUGAGUAGUCUAUCUCAGAGUACUUUUAGAGAUCGUUCAAAAAACUUAUGAACUUUUUAUAAAAACUGUAUAUUUGAAAAUAUUGUAAUAUAUACGAUAUUUAUUGUAUAUUUUGAAAUAACGUUAAGUAAGUCAACAUACAGAAUGAAAAUAGAAUAGUUAUUAAUUCAUUCACCUUGAUAUUCUUCUGUAAAAGUUCUAACUACUAAAAUGAAUCUAUAAAUAUUUUCCUCUUGUUCAGUGGUGAAAUUUAAUUAUCUUGGUGAUAACAUUUCUCAUAGUGACCAUUUGUGCACAAAAUAAAAGCGUCGAGCAAAUUUAUGAAAAACAAAGUAUAUGUCUGUAAGAAAUGUAUCAUGAGCCUAAUGAAGUAAUUUCGUAUUUCCGUAGCCUAACGCUUUGCUGUCAAAUAUUGUGUUCACUCAACAGUAAAAAAAAUUGUCAUUGCGCCUUUGUUAAAGAUUUAUUCUACGUUAAAAACAAUAUGUAUAUUUAAAUUGUUCGUCUAAUAAAAAAUUAUACAAUAAAUCCGAUGAGCAAAAGAACAAAUGUUUUGAAUGCUCAUGUGAUGUAGCGUCAGUAUAAGGAUCACGAGACAUUUCUUAAGUCUGUGAUAACUUCGUUGGGAAUAGCGGAAAUAUCAAAGGUAUCCAUGUACCAGUAUGUUUUGUUCCAAAUACCGUAUAACUACCGUAUGAAUAGGUUAUAUGGUAACCGAAUCAUAACGUGAACCAUAGAACUUUUAACAUUCCUAGAUGUCAAUGUUCAAGGCUACUUAUGUUUAUAUUUAAUAACAUAUUUAUUUACCGAAUAAAUUAAUAAUCCUUUGGCCGUCCUGCUCACGAAAACUUUUAAUCAAUUUUAUGUAUACAUUUUUUAUCCCAUCACGACAGUAGCCUAAGAAAAACAUUGAUAGAAUAAUUGAAAAAAAAUUAUAAUUGAUUAAUUUUACUUUUAUAUGAAAUUUAAAAACUUUUGCCUUAGUUGAAACUGUGCUUGAUUGGUGGACGGAGUAUGGAAAGAAAACAGCUUUUGACGUUUCGUUAACAAAUUCUUCAAAUUCUCCAGAAAAAAAUAACAGCUUGAAAGUGCUGUGAUCAGAACAAAUGUUCGGUAUAGUUUUAAUUAAGAUAAAACUAUGGCAGUCGAGAACAGCUAUCUAAGAAGUCAAAAACUGUUGUAUCAUUGUAAAAUUAAAAGAAAGCAUUUUCUUUAGAAUUUUUAUAUUUUCAUGUAAAGUUAUCGAUAGUUUUUUUAGUACAAGUGGACUGAAUAUAAUAUCAAAGUUGUUUGAUUAAUUUUAUUUAAAGUAUGGUCCAUGUUUCACGAGACUUUUUGUUAACUUUAUUUAUGAGAUGUGUUGAUUUCUAUCUUCAUUUCAGAUUUUCAUUAGCUUUCUGAUAAUUGAUUAUUAUGGAAUGUGUGAAAGAACUAUAAGUGAAUAAUGAUAAAAUCAAAAGAAACAGGUACAGAAAACAUAAAAGAAAACUGUUAAAUCUAUAAGAUCGGAAUAAAUAUUUAACGUAUAAUGUAGAGUGAAAGAAAAAAUACGUAUGAAAAGUUGGAAUGUAAUAGCUUAGUAAGUGUUGUCAAAUAUAGCCUAUUACUAAAAAUUCAGGCAAGAAAGCGUGCAAUUCAAUAAUAAGAGUCCUACAUCUAAAGAGUGUAGGAUAUAAUACAAAAUUUAAAACAUAUAAAAACCAGAAUGAAAAUAUUCAUAAUAAAUAAUUCUUUACUGGAAUAAAUAAUCUGAUCAGAUAAAAUAGAAAAACAUUCAAACAUUUAGUAUAAGAAUAUUUACGUUGAAGAUUGUAUCAGUUGAGUCUAGCCAUCGGUUCUAGUCACGAGAAAAGCAGCACAAAACAGUAUAUAAAUUUUUUUUAAUAACAUUUUUUAAAUGUAAAAUUCAUAUUUUUUCAACAAUGAAUCGUAUAAACAAUGGUUUAAGCAUUCAAGUAAGAUUUGAUUGCUCAAAAUAUCGUUUUACAUUAAAAAUUGCACAAAUAUUUUUAUCACUCAAAAAUCUAAGAUGAUCAUAAGGAAACAGAAAUAUAUUAAUAACUAUAAAAAUACUUUGUAUUCAUUUAACUUAUUAUGUUUCUAUGGAAUUUUUUAUUUUUUCAUUUAAUUUUCUAAUGUAAGUGACACCGAAGAAAUUAUGGAUAGAAAUAUUUAGAAAAAUGUAAAAUAUUAAAAGAAAGAAAACAAAGACUUACCGUAUAUAAAGAGACCAAAAUAAAAAAAUGGCAUAGUACAGAAGAAAACUAAAAAAGGUUAUUAGAGAAAUAUCAUGAAAAUUUUAAACACAUUACAAAUUAUGAGUGUAAAGCAUGAUUUUUAUUACCACAAAAUAUUGAAUUGAACGCUAUGCAAAUUAAGAAAAAGGGAACAAGAAAGUCGAAAGUGAGAAAAAUUGAAAAAAAAGGAAAGCGAUAAACCUAAAUAAAUUCAAAGGGUUGUAUACUUUACUUCAAUAAAAACUUUCGAGAAUGGAAAAAUAAAGAGCACAAACAGAACAAAAUGAUAUAUAAAUGUUGGUUAUAAAUUAUAAAAGGUACAAGAAAAAAUUCAUCGAUUGUUUGAUGAAACUACUUGUCUUAUUUACACUGUUUCAAAUUAUAUAUUGUCAAAUAGAAAUUGAUUGUAUAUAAAUUAAAUUCAUUAACACAAAAUUAAAUAUAUUAAUAAGACGAAUAAUGGACAUUUUCCUAGGUUUUGAGAAGUAUGUGUCAAUAUGUUCUACUCGUAUAGGCACUUUGAAUAGGUACAAAAAUUCUUUGUUCUACACCACUUUUUAUUUCAACUAUAAGCUUAUAAAUACGAUACUAUAACGCAAUCAAAUGGUAUCAAUGAAACCGGGCUAUUCACCUUUACGACUCCACGGUCGUUAGUACAAUUUAUUUUUCUACAUAGUCUGAUGUAAGUAAAGUAAGUUGAGAAAUUAUCUUGUAAGGAAUAUAUAUGUAACAUAAAUUUUGAAGAUGAGUAAUACUUUUAUCGCGGAAAAUGUAGUAAAGAAUGAAAAUUAAUGCGCGGCCUAAGUAAAACGUGGAGAUGAAGAUAAAUCAAUCGAAAUUGAAACAGAUUCAAAAAUAGUAAUGCAUGAUAAAUGUAUGAAUUAUUCCUCCAGACAGAUAAAAAAUUCUUCAAUUCUAUCAUCGCACUCAGCUUUGUCGACGAUUUUAUAUUUACGAACUAAAUGUUUCUUUUAAUUUCAUAUUCCAUUUUUAACUUGAUCGAGUUCAUGUUCAGAAUAAAAUUUUGAUUCAUUACAUGGAAAAUCAUAUUUCGAAGUUUUUAACAUACAAAAUAAAUUUUACUAACAUUCAAAAAACAUCACACGAUAAUUAUGAAUUGACCGACAAAGUCAUGUGCGAAGAUUUUGAAUCUUUGUAAAUUAGCAAUAACAAGAAAUAUAUACAUGUAAAUAAUGAUAACCAAAUGAAUGAGUCUAUUCUCAUUCGUUUAUUUAAAAAAAUCAGAAAACAAAAAAUAAAAAUAAAUAAAAAAUAAAGGACUACUUACAAUAUGUGCUGGUUAUCAAAUGAAAGUAUAUGUGACAUGGUAAUAAAACUAGUGGCAAUGAGGUCCGAUCUAGAAAAUCUAUACAAUACCAAAAAUAUAAAAUAAAUGAUAAAACUUGAACUUAGAGGUCUAAAAAUCAUUGAUCUCAAUACUCAAAACUGAGCUCAAAACUCAAUACUACGUUUAUUAAGAUUGAUCGGCGUUCUUUGUAAACUAAUUAUUAAUUUAUUAAACUAUACGCCAUUAAUUACUUUUAAAUAUAAUCUAUACAAGAAAAAUUCAAGUCGUAACGAAUAUUUAGCUCGUGACGUUUUAGCAAAUGUUUUAUUUUAAAAAACCACUCAAGCAAUGAUUUAGAACAAUUUUAUCAUUUAUUGUAUAUUUUUGAUGUAUUGAAGAAUUAAAGGUGAUCUUAGAUAAAAAAUAAAAUAUUUCGUCAUUAAAAUAUAAAAAUUGAAAUAAACAGUGAAAAGUUCUAUCAGUGGUCUUGGAACGUCGAUUUCGUUCCAUAAAAUAAAAUAUAACUGUAGAUAUCUUAGUUCUCAAAAGCUGUAUGUAAAUGUAUAGGGUAUUAUAAAAAAAUAUGUGGACUUGAGAAGGAACGUGAAAAUCUAAUUCUAAUCUAUAUUACUUGAAAAAAAGAAUGAAAGAAAGUGGAAAUGUAAACAUAUGCAACGUUGAAAGUGGUUAUUUGGGGUGAAUGAAGAAAAACCCCCGAAAAAAUCGCUUAUCAAACGAAUAAAAUAUACAUAUAAAUAUAUGAUGGUGAGCGAUUUAAGUAUAAGUACAAGAUUUAUUGAGAAUCUUUCAACAACGUCCGUUUUUCCUGACCUCUACCACUUUUUUGAACAAUCAAUUGAAUUUGUGCAAAUUGAUUUUUUAUUCAUUGUUAAUUUUGAAAUAUUAGUUAAUAAAACCAAUUUUCAAUGGCA